UUGUCAAAUUCAUCUGAUUGUUUUUAAUUUUGGAUUCUAACCUACAACAAAGUGUAUGAACGAUUUAUAUUUGAUAAAUUGAAUUGAUUGAGUAUAAUUUUAUUUAAUUUGCACUAGUAAAUUAACAUAAAAAAACAUGGCAAGCAGCCGGUUAGAAAGAAUUGGAACGAUUUAUACAAGAGUGGAGGGACUUCUAACAAAAGGAGCAAUGAAACCUGAUGACAGACCUUUGUGGUUUGAUGUGUACAGAGCUUUUCCACCUCUUGUGGAACCCAAGUUUGCUAAACCAAAACCAGAAAUUAAGCCUAUACGACCAAUUCUUUACCCUGAGGAUAAUAUUAGAGUGAAAUUUCACUCCAAAGGGUAUGGUUUAGGAGCAAUAAAUAUGAUCAGCCAAUCAGAAACUCAAACCAAGCGACUUGUGCAACAAUACCAGAAACUGGAAUCCGAAGGGGUUCGAGAUGAAGAUCUAGUUGAAAAAGCUGCAGAGAUUGUUGGCAGUGAGCGACAACUGGAAGCCGCGAAGGCAAAAAUUACCGCCGAAAGCCCAGGAUCCGUUUCUGCGAAAGUCCUUGCCGAAGUCGAUAUUAAGAACAUUUUCUCAGAAAAAUAAAUUAAUGUGAAUUUAGAAUUAACUAUGGUAGACUUAAUGUUGUUAUAGAUUUAGUGCAAUGGUUUUCAAUAAAUUACGUAAUAAACUUG